UUCGCUGUGCUGGCCUACUGGAUCUCCACUCGGCCGCGGCCCAUCACGCCGCCCUGCGACCUCCGGCUGCAGUCACAGGAAGUGCAGAUGGAGGAUGGCGCUCGAAGGUCCAUGAUGGGCGACAGCUCCACGCUGCUCUCGUAUUAUCACGAGGACGCCAAGACCAUGUACGAGGUGUUUCAGCGAGGUCUGCACAUCACUGGUGACGGACCCUUUUUAGGCUCCAGACUCCCCAAUCAACCCUACAAAUGGCUGUCUUACAGAGAGGUGUCCAGCAGAGCGGAGCACUUGGGCUCUGGAUUGCUGUCUCAGGGAUGUCAGCCCAGUCCAGAUCAGUUCAUCGGGGUGUUUGCUCAGAACAGGCCUGAGUGGAUCAUCUCUGAGCUGGCGUGCUACACGUACUCAAUGGUGGUGGUGCCGCUGUACGACACUCUCGGACCCGACGCCAUCCGCUAUAUUAUUAACACAGCUGAGAUCUCCACAGUGAUCUGUGAUAAAGCACAGAAAGCCGCGGUGCUCCUGGAGAACGUUCAGCGAGGAGACACGCCGGGUCUGAAGAUGAUCAUCCUCAUGGAUGCCUUUGACACUCAGCUGCUAGAAGAAGCUCAGAAGUGCAGCGUUCACAUCCGGGCCCUCAGAGAUGUGGAGGCUCUGGGUCGAGAGCACUACAGGAAACCUGUGCCUCCCGGUCCAGAUGAUCUGUCCAUCGUCUGCUUCACCAGCGGAACCACAGGAAACCCGAAGGGAGUGAUGCUGACGCACGGGAACGUCGUCGCAGACUUCGCCGGCUUCUUGAAAGUCACAGAUAAGGUGAUCUUUCCGAACCAAGAUGACGUUCUCAUUUCCUUCCUGCCUCUUGCUCACAUGUUCGAGAGGCUGAUUGAGGCGGUGGUCAUCUGCCACGGCGGGAGGAUUGGCUUUUUCCAAGGCGAUAUCCGUCUGCUUCCGGAUGAUAUGAAGGCUCUCCGGCCCACCAUAUUUCCAGUGGUGCCUCGACUCCUGAACCGCAUGUAUGACAAGAUCUUCAGUCGGGCCAAAACCUCGGUCAAGCGCUGGCUGCUGAACUUCGCGGCUCAGAGGAAAGGGCUGGAGGUGCGCCGCGGCGUGAUCCGCAGCGACAGCGUCUGGGACAAGAUCUUCUUCCACAAGAUCCAGGCCAGUCUGGGGGGCAGGUUACGGAUGAUCAUCACCGGAGCGGCUCCCGCAUCUGCGACCGUGCUGGACUUCCUGAGAGCGGCGCUGGGCUGUCAGGUGUACGAGGCGUAUGGUCAGACGGAGUGCACCGCUGGAUGCACCUACACCACACCUGGAGACUGGACGGCCGGUCAUGUAGGCGCUCCGCUGCCCUGUAAUCUCAUUAAACUGCUGGAUGUGGCUGAGAAGAACUACUUUGCUGCUAAAGGAGAGGGAGAGAUUUGUGUGAAAGGCCCAAACGUCUUCAAGGGCUAUCUGAAGGAUCCUGUGAGGACGGCUGAGACGCUGGAUGCAGACGGAUGGCUUCACACGGGAGACAUUGGCAAGUGGCUGCCGAACGGCACGCUGAAGAUCAUCGACAGGAAGAAGCACAUCUUCAAGUUAGCUCAAGGUGAAUAUAUUUCCCCGGAGAAGAUCGAGAGCAUCUACAUCCGCAGCGAGCCCGUGUCUCAGCUCUACGUCCACGGAGACAGCCUGCAGUCGUGUCUGGUGGGAAUCAUCGUCCUGGAUCCGGAGGUCUUACCCUCGUGGGCUCAGAAGAAAGGCUUCGAGGGAUGCUUUGACGAGCUGUGUGGAAAUAAAGAGCUUAAGAAAGCCGUUCUGGAUGACAUGGUGCGCUUGGGAAAAGCUAGUGGCCUCCAUUCAUUCGAACAGGUUAAAGACAUCCACAUCCAUAAAGAAAUGUUCUCCAUACAAAACGGAUUGCUGACCCCCACUUUAAAAGCCAAGAGACCGGAGCUGAAGGAGUAUUUCAGCAGGGCAAUCGAGCAGCUGUACAGCAACAUCUCCAUGUGAUCGCUCGUCUCCAGCAGAUGAGGACCGCCCAUCAUUCCUUCACUAUUUGUUCUUCUUCGUUGAAAACUAGCUGGCACUAAACGCUCCGAACGAGCCACGGGCGCCGAGACCGAGCAUGAGCUUUACUCGCUGUAAGAGUAUUUAAACGAGUAAUUCCCCUUUGGCUGUGAAUGUCAACAGUUGGUGUGCCUUUAGAAAUGUGGCAGAGCUGCAACCAAAUCGAGUCGUCCUCCAAAAGCAGAAGCGGUUCCAGCUAGCAUGCAUGCUUCAUUCGUUCUCCGGUGGGCAGAGGAGGUCAAAGGUCACCCUUGUCCGUUCACCUUUCCUUUAGCGGUCUGAAGGGAAUUCGAUUGGCAAAGCCAGCACAUUUCCAGCUAAAAGCCAUGCAUGCUGUGUGCCGGCGUUCCAGCAUUGACAUUCCCAGGCCCUUGAGACAUUUUGCAUACAAACCUCCUGCACAACAGUCACUAUAAGAUGCUAGUCUGUGUAGUAAAGGUCUUCAGAUGUGUGCGAGCACGUCGUACAGUCUUGGGCCGACUCGAUGGACCAACUAGCUUUUCAGUUCCUUUCCGUCCCAAAGUAUUUCAAUAGUAGCGUACUUGUUGAAGAAAUCUAGAUGUGAAACUAUUUAAGCAAC